AUGAAUGACAAAAAUCAGAAGAGCAUGUCCCCAACACAAUCAGAAACGUUAUCACUUAUAAAGAAACAAUUCUUCAAAACGAAAAUGUGCCCUUUUCAAAAAAAUAAAAAUUAUUGUCUAAAUGAAUCGAAUUGCCAUUAUGCACAUAGUAUUGAUGAAUUGAAACCAAUGCCAGAUUUAAGAAAUACCAAAUUGUGUGACUAUAUAAAAAAAAAAAUGCCUUGCCGAGAUGUAAACUGUAAAUUUGCUCAUGAUAUUGACACACUAAAACCUAGUGUUCAUUUGGCUACUUACAAAUCCACAAUUUGCAGUUUUUGGGGAAAGGGGAAAUGCUUUAAUGGGAAUAAGUGUCGAUUUGCACAUGGUGUAGAAGAUAUAAAAACAAGUGAAGAUAUGGAUAUAUUCGAAAGUACGAAAUAUAACAAGAAGAGUAAAAAUAAAAGUAAAAAAAAUAUUUCCGAUUUAAAACAAGGAACAGCUUCUACAUGUUCUUUUAAUAUGUGUGAUUAUUCUAUAAACUGCUCGUUGGAAACUACAAAUGUUUCUUCGUCUUAUGAAAAAAGUAGAGAGUUUUUAAUGUUAAAUAAUGAUAAUGUGAAUACUGAAAAAACAAAGAGGAAAAGUAAAUUAGAUAUAUCUGAGUCUACUAGUGAAUUUAUGGAAGAGACAAAUGAAAAUGAAGACAGUGAUAUCACAGAAAAUUAUUUUACAUUUGGUGAUAAGAAUAAUUCGAAUUCUAUUAAAGAUGUUGUUGACAAAAUUGAGAAUAUGGCUUUGUCUACUUUUAUAGAGAAUAACGAUAAAUAUACAAAAGUUAUUAAAUAUUUACUCAAUGAAAAUAACCUUUUAAAAAAGUCCAUUAGAAAAGAUAAAACACACAUAAAGAUGGAACAAGAUGAGAUAGAGAAAAUAAAGAAAGAAAAUAGCAAAACAAAAUUUGGGUGCAAUACAUUUCCAGAAACUAGUAGUUGUAAAGAGAAUGAGGAGGAUAUAACACAAUAUUUGUUUCCAGAAGAACCAAAUGAUAAUUAUUUAUUUACUAAUGAAAAGAAAAAUACAAAUAAUAGUAUACCUCAUUUUGAUGAUACAACUAAAAUAGACGACAAUUUAAAUAGUAUAAUUAAAACAAUAGAUGAUAUCUUGAUUUCACAGAAUGUCUGUUCGUUUCCAAAUGUAAAGGAUACAAAUAACUCAAGUGUAUGUAAGGAUAUAUUUUCAGUUAAGAAUAAUAAUGAAUUUAUUAGUAACGAAUACGAAAAUUUAUUGUGCAACAUGAAAUCAUUUGAAACGUUAAAAAAUAUAUACCCCAGUUUUAGUUCAUUCAGUAUUGCAGAUAAUAAAAAACAUCCAAUUAAUCAAAUAGAAGCAGAUCAACUAUUAGAGAAAACUUUUGAACAAAACUUAAUGAAUAAUGAACAGGAAGAAAAAAAGAUGAGAAAAAAAAACUAUUAUAGUGAAAACUUUUCUUAUGAAAAAUCUAAUGUUUUGCCUUGCAGUAGCAAUAGUAAAGGAAACGAAGUAGAAGAAUUUUAUUCUAAAAGAAUUUUUAGGCCAUUUACUUGUCCUCCUAAUGAUUUGUCAAGUCAGGGAGUUCGAAAUAUGCAGCAAAGGUUGAUACCAGUACAGCAAAUAAAACAAGAGGAGUUAAAAAAAAGAAUAACAGAAGAUCCAUGGAUAGACAACAGGACUGGUGAUAUUAGCAACUAUGUUAGUGCCAAUGACAAUUUUAGAAAUAGCAGUAGCAAGAUUAAUUUUGGAGGAAGUGAUAACAGGAGCAAUUUGAGUGGAAGCGAUAACAAGAGCAUUUUUAUGGGUAAUAAUAACAAGUACGCUUUUAAUGGAAUUGAUAACAAGAGCGCUUUUAGUGGAAGUGAUAACAAGAGCGCUUUUAGUGGAAGUGAUAACAAGAGCGCUUUUAGUGGAAGUGAUAACAAGAUGGAUUUUAGUAGCAGUGACAACAAGAGUAUUUUCAGUGACCUUGAUAACAAGAGCUCCUUUAGUGUUAGUGAUAACAAGAGUAUUUUUAGUGACAGUAGCAAUAAUAAUUUUUUUAACAAUUUAAAUUUAACACAGAACAAUACACCAAGUGGUGUGAGAGAAAAGAAUGCAAAAUUAAAUUUAAGGGAAAAUACAGAAUUAAGUAACAGUAGUAUGAACCUAGAUAAGCUGUUAUUAUUUUCUAAUGAGAAAUCGGAUAUUUUAAAAAAAAUAAGAAAUUUAAUUUCUACGGAAUUACAAAAUAAUGAGAACUACAAUUACUCAAGUAAAAAAAGUAGCAAAUUUGUUAAGCACUUAAAUGACAAUUAUUUACCUAAAAAAAGUAUAUUGUUAAAUGAUCAUUUGCACACAACCGCUUAUAAUACACAUAUUCCCAACGUUACUAACUAUACUCUUCUUAAGAAUAGUAAUAGUAACAUUAGUGAUAACAGCGGCAGCUUUAGUGGUAGUAAUAGUAAUAAUAACAAUAAUAGCACUAUUAAGAAUUAUUACAACAUUGGUAAGGAUAAUGAGAAUAACGGUAACAACAAGAAUUUCAAUGUGCGUAUCAAUGAUGAUAAUUACCAUACCUUAAAUAAUGUUUUUUCAAAAUAUAAAAAAGAAAACAAUAAUAAUCAGAAUAUUUGGAGUAACAACGCGAACUUUAACGAGUUUGCAUAUCCUUUUAUGUCACAUGAUUGGGCAAAAAAUCAGAAGAAUAAUGAUUUUUUUAAUAUUUCUAAAUCUGUUAAUUUAAGUAGCUUAAAUUGA